AUGGAGGAAAUCUACAUGAAUGUUGAUCCUGUCAAGCCCAGCAAUUCAAGACCCUCAACCAUACAGACAGGUCCCAGGAGAUCAGAGGGGAGUUUCUAUAGAGCUGCUUCACUUGUCCUGGGACUGCUGAGUGUUCUCCUGCUGGCUGGGCUCAUUGGCCUUGGUGUCCUCUACCUUGAUGCAGAACAUGGUUUCUCCAUUCUCAAAGCCAACCUGACUGAAGAGAGAGGCCUGAUGAGUGCCAGCCUCAUGGAGAUGACUGAAAAGAAAGACCUGCUGAAUGCCAGCCUCAUGGAGAUGACUGAAAAGAAGGACCUCCUUAAUUCCAGCCUCAUGGAGAUGACUGAGGAGAGGGACAGGCUUCAUACUUUGUCCACACAGAAGAAAACGUGUCCUGAAGGAUGGAAGAUGUUCAGUUGUGCCUGUUAUCUCGUCUCCACUGAGCGCAACUCCUGGGAAAAAGCCAGACAGGACUGCAGAGACAGGGGAGCAGACCUGGUGGUCAUAGACAGCCUUGAAGAACAGAUAUUCAUGACGUCAUUGAAAACUGAUGCUUGGAUUGGUUUGAGUGACAGAGACGAGGAGGGGACCUGGAAAUGGGUUGACGAAACUCCACUGACUCUAACUUCCUGGGAGAUAUACCAGCCUGACAAUGGUAAUGAUGAUCCAAAGUGGGGAGAAGAGGACUGUGUCCAGAUCAGACCUAACAAGCAUAAGGAAAAGAACUGGAAUGACUGCUCCUGUGUUGCUUCUGUGCAAUGGAUCUGUGAGAAAGCAGCCUAG